GGCGUGGUCAAUAAUUCACCCAUCACAUCAGUCUUUGGCUACACUGUACAAGGAACAGGGAUAUUAUUGAUUUGCUGGAGAGAAGGACCCAAUCCGGUCUGAAAUGGCAACUGAUGAGUCCAACACAAGAGCUGUAGGUCCUUAUCUACUCCAGAAAACACUGGGUAAAGGCCAAACAGGUCUUGUGAAACUGGGGGUUCACUGUACUACUGGUAAGACUGUAGCUGUAAAGAUUAUCAACAGAGAGAAACUGAGCAAGUCAGUAUUGAUGAAGGUUGAGCGAGAGAUAGCCAUCAUGAAGCUGAUCGACCAUCCUCAUGUACUGGGACUUCACGACGUCUAUGAAAAUAACGUGCACCUAUACCUGGUUCUGGAACAUGUAUCAGGUGGUGAGCUGUUUGACUACUUGGUUAGGAAAGGAAGACUGUCAGAGAGAGAGGCAAGGAGAUUCUUUAAGCAAAUAGUAUCUGCUGUCGAUUUCUGUCACAAGCAUUCUGUGUGUCACAGAGACCUAAAACCAGAGAACCUUCUGUUGGAUGACCAGCGGAAUAUAAAAGUGGCUGAUUUUGGAAUGGCCUCGUUACAAGUUACAGGAACAUUACUUGAAACUAGCUGCGGAUCACCUCAUUAUGCCUGUCCUGAAGUUAUAAGAGGUGAGAACUAUGAUGGUCGUAAAGCUGAUGUGUGGAGUCUGGGUGUUAUUCUAUUUGCAUUGCUAGUGGGCUCCUUACCUUUUGAUGAUGACAACUUGAGAGUCCUCCUUGAGAAGGUCAAGAGAGGAAGGUUCAACAUACCAACUUAUGUACCAGCAGGAGCUCAAGAACUGAUAAGAGGAAUGGUUGACGUGAAUCCUAAGUCGAGAUUAACUUUGGAUAAGGUCAUGAGACACGCUUGGUUUCAAGGUUCCUUCUCACUGGACGGGGUCAUAGAGCCGGUUCUCCCAAUGGGGGAAGUGGUACAGACCUACCCACUCCUGGACAGAAGUGACAUUGAUCCUGACGUGUUUGAUGGGAUGACAUCACUGGGCUGCUUCAGAGACAAACAUAAGCUAAUGACUAACCUACUGGCACCAGAACAUAACGAAGAAAAGAUCAUAUACUUCCUGCUGCUGGAGAGAAAGGACAAGAAACCAAGUCUUGCUGAUGAAGCAAGGGUCAAUGUAGGACAGCAAAGAGACCCUCCACGGAAGAGAGUUGACUCACAGGCUGUCCUACCCUCGUCCAUUCAAAUGCAACGAGUCCGUUCUCAGUCCAUUGGUUCAGCUGGCCUUGAUGUUAGCCCCCCUCCCCCUCGCUCUAGAGGAACGCCCAGUGUUCCCCCCUCCUACACUCCCCCCACUGGUUACUAUUCAUACAGCAGUAACCAGAAGGAGAAAGGAGGAGGACCGUCUCGUAAAAUAAGCAUGGCAGGACAUGAGUGUCAGACAUUGCCACCGACGGUUGUCACGACAACAGCUGCUGGGGAAACGGGAGGGGCAUCGCCAUGGAAACGUAGACUGUCAACGACUCUGAAGACUAUAGUGAGUUCUCCUCGGUUCCACCGGAAGAGGUUUGAAGAAACACCAAGUGAAGGAGGAGCAGUAGGAGCAUCACCGCAAACUGCAAAAAGGUCAUGGUUUUCCAAUUUUAAAGUUGACAAAGAGAAUGAAGAGGUGGUCGUAGUCUAUCGGGAUAAAACUGGAGCAGAACUAAAACAACUAUUACUUAAAGCUUUCACAGUUGUUAACGUAUCCAGUGAAUUGAUUGGGGAUAACUUGUACAAGUGUAAGUAUCAGAAAUCAACUGAAGCGGAAUCAAAAGGUAAAACUAUUCUGAAGAAAAAGGUCAAGUUCACAGUUGCCAUAAUACCGGUCCAAAGGAGGCGGGGCAGUACUGUGUCGGCUGACAUGCAGACUAACUCAGUGUUUGAUGGACAAACUCACUCUAUGACAUUUGAACAAACCUCAGGGGCGUUAAGGAGGUUCCAUAGGGUAUGUGAUAAGAUACAGGCAGUAAUGGCCGGUGAUUCGUUAACAGGAGGUGUGGUCAGGCCUAAGGCCAGCAGUACAGCAAGUGGUAGUCCCAUUAUGAUGGGUGAGUUUGUUGACUCAGAGACUCGGAGUGGAUCCUCGGAUGAUACUCUUACUCUUCAUUCAACUAACGGAGUCUCUCACGACAGUGGUAAAGGUUCUUCAGCUUCAGUUGAUGUCUUCAUUCAUCGAGCGACCAACCCAGUCCUCUCCACUGGUGGGAGCAGUAAAGUGGGUGGAGCCUCACGACCUUCAAUACUUGAUAGUUCUGAUUCUGAUGAUGUACUGGAUGAAGAUUAAAACACUAGAUCUCCCUCUCUCUCUCUCUCCCUCCCUCUCUCUCCCUCCCUCUCUCUCUCUCCCUCCCUCCCUCUCUCUCUGUUUUGUCUUAUACCUUUAGCUGUCGUCCUGCCUGUGGUCACCAUGGCAACCAUCAGAAACAAUUACUAAAUUAGUCUGACUACAAUUAAUUUCUUUAUAUUUUUGUACCAAUGUGCUGUUGAUGUUGUCUUAUGAUAAUAAUGUUCACUUCAAA